AAACAAGCGCAAGAACCUCCACAAAUUUGAAAGGAAGCAAAGAUGAGACCUUUAGACGAGAAAGAAACCACCGCCGUCUUUGAAAAGAUCUUCAAAUUCACGGGCAACAACUUGAAGAACAUAGUGGAAAACCCAUCUCACGAAGGCCCCGACCAGAAUCCAGGACGGUACUGCUUCAGACUCCACAAAAACAAAGUCUACUACGUCAGUGAGUCGCUGGUGAAGCGAGCCACCAACGUUGCCAGGCCCAAGUUGGCUUCUAUAGGGACAUGCAUCGGCAAAUUUACCCACGGAGGCAACUUCCAUUUGACCGUAGAGUGCUUGAACCUGUUGGCCGCAAACGCGAAGCACAAAGUCUGGCUAAAACCCACCUCGGAGAUGUCGUUUUUGUACGCGAAUCAUGUUUUAAAAGGUGGGUUAGGGAGGAUAACGGAGAGUAUUGCGCCUGGUGAUGGGGUUGUCAUUUUUUCCAUGUCGGAUUUGCCUUUGGGGUUUGGGAUUGCAGCGAAGAGUACCCAAGAUUGUAGGAAAUUGGAUCCUAAUGCAAUUGUGGUGCUCCAUCAGGCUGAUAUUGGGGAGUAUUUGAGGAUGGAGAAUCAGAGUGAGCAGCUAAUUGAAGAGUAGUUAUCGAUUUUGAAUUUUGAGUUUGAGUUUUGUCUUUAACUUUGGGGGGUAGUAAGUUGUUUCAGUGCAAAUAUCUGAUUGAGGCUUACUAUUUCAAUGUCAUAUGCUUUUGUACUAGCUUAAAUUUAUGAGUGAUAGAAGGGUUAUUGUUAUUAUUUUUACCAUAUUGCAAUGUCUCUGUUGAUUUAUGUUCUGUGAAAAUGUGAAAGAUUUAAGCAUGGA